UGAUUGUCUCUGCGAAUACAAAUCUACUUCCUCCCGAAAAACCCUAGCUGAGCUCCGAGAUCUCUUGUCGCCAUGGAAGACCCCAAUGAUCCUUUCAUGCGCAACCAGAACGCCGCCGUUCAGGCGCGCACUAAGGCUCAUAACAGAGCUAAUGUUCUUCAGCUUAAGAUGAUGGGUCAAAGCCACCCUACUGGCUUGACUAACAAUCUCUUGAAGCUCUUUGAGCCACGACCGCCAUUGGAGUACAAACCACCACCGGAGAAGAGAAAAUGUCCACCUUAUACAGGCAUGGCUCAGUUUGUGAGUAAGUUCGCUGAGCCUGGGGAUCCUGAAUACGCUCCACCUAAGCCAGAAGUUGAAACACCUGCACAGAAAAGGGAGAGAAUUCAGAAAUCACGACUGGAGAAAGGUGUUGAAAAGGCUGCAGAGGACUUAAAGAAAUAUGACCCAAGUAAUGAUCCAAAUGCUACUGGAGAUCCAUACAAGACACUAUUCGUAUCAAGACUUAACUACGAAUCCACCGAGAGUAAGAUUAAAAGGGAGUUUGAAUCUUAUGGACCAAUUAAACGGGUUCAAUUGGUGACUGAUCAGCUGACCAACAAACCAAGAGGAUAUGCUUUCAUUGAGUACAUGCACACCCGUGACAUGAAAGCUGCAUAUAAACAAGCUGAUGGACAAAAGAUUGACGGUAGAAGAGUGUUGGUUGAUGUUGAGAGAGGUAGAACCGUUCCAAACUGGCGUCCACGCAGGCUCGGCGGUGGACUUGGGACCUCAAGAGUCGGUGGUGGUGGUGGUGAAGAAACUGUUGGGGAACAACAACAGCAAGGUAGAACAUCCCGGUCAACGGAGCCAACAAGACCACGGGAAGAGCGUGAGAAAUCUCGGGAAAAGGGAAAAGAAAGGGAACGAGAAAGGUCUCGUGAGCUGUCCAUUGAACAGCCUCGAGAGCGGUCUCAUGACAGACCGAGAGAGGAUAGAGAGAGAGAAAGCAGACGUGACCGAGGAGGCAGAGAUAGGGAUAGAGAAAGAGACAGCAGACGUGACCGUGAGCGGAACCGUGAUAGAGGAGACAGAGACCGUCGCGACCGUGACAGGGGACGAGACCGUACUUCAAGGGAUCAUGACAGAGACCGCGAUAGAAAGAGGGAGCGAGACUAUGAAGGUGGUGAAUAUGAGCACGAAGGUGGUGGUGGUCGGUCCCGUGAAAGAGAGCCGGAGUAUGAGCGGAGCGUGUCAAAGCACUAUGACCGAGAUAGACAUGGCGAGCCAGAAGAGAGCCGUUACUACGAAGAUGAUCAGGGGGACACAGACCGGUAUAGUCAUCGCUACGAUAAAAUGGAGGAAGAUGAUUACAGAUAUGAGCGUGAUUACAAGCGGUCUGAGAGAUCAGAGUCACGUGAGUAUGCUCGCUAAUGCUUCCUUGGUGUGUUUGAAGUUUUUGUUUUUUUUUUUGGAUCUUAAAUUUUCUUCCAACAAAAAAAAGUGUUUCUGAAACUUCUGAAUGCUGUUUUGUUAUUCUAUAAAUUUUCUUUCGAAAUUGU